GAUGAUCGGACGGACACAUGUGCACAUGUUCAAUAUAUCACCCUAUUUCUAAACUAAAAUUAGUUUUAAGACUCUGAGAUUAAUUCCUAUAUAUGAGCCCACCGUGUAAAUGUAAAGUAGUACUAGUUCAUAGACUCACUCCACUCUCCCUUCAGAUGAGCAUUUACUUCCAUUAUAAAUUGAUUAGGCAAUUUGGCAGGUAUCCUCAGUGAAUGCUAUAAAUGAGGACUCCCUCUCCCCACAUUUAUCAGCCACCAGCCAGCCCACCACCGCUCCCACGGCUCAUCCCCUUCUCACGUGAUCCCUACUCCCUAUCACGUGACCUCUCCCCCUGUUUGCAAUUGCAUAUUUGCACCGUUUUGUUUCUUUAUUUCCAUGCCAACUGCCGAAGCCUUGUUCACAACGCAACCUCACUUAUAAAAAAGCAAUAAGCAAAGCCCCGUCUUUUUCUCUUCUCUCUCUCGACGACCACCACCCGGCGGAGCAAUGUCCUCGCCGUUGCCUCCUCUUCUUCCCUUCAACAAUAACACUGAAGAAGAUACUCAUGAUCAUGAUACUUCUCCUUUUCAAAAUCUUAAACCUAGCAUCCUUGUUAUUCUUUUGAUCCUCUCCAUUACUUUCCUUCUCUCCAUCUCCCUCUGUCUUCUUCUCCGCCACCUCAACCGCCGCUGUCUCCGCCACCUUUCUCCUUCCUCUCAUGCCUCCGCUCCCACCAUCAACAUCGCCACAUCCUCCUCCUCUUCCAAUCGUCACUCCACCAAUCGUGUUUCGCCUGAGAGUCCUGCAUUCUCGCUCAUCAAUUCUCUCCCGCUCUUCACCUUCAGUUCCAUUAAACGCCGUUCCACAAACUCUGCCGGUGAUUGUGCCGUCUGCUUGUCCAAGUUUGAACCGCAGGAUCAACUCCGUCUCCUUCCGCUCUGUUGCCAUGCUUUUCAUGUCCAUUGCAUCGACACGUGGCUUCAGUCUAAUCAAACGUGUCCUCUUUGUCGAUCUUCAAUUCAUGCCUCCGAGUCCGACCUCUUGAAGGCGCUAUCUAGCUCCAUGGAUGGGGCCACAGCAGAAAGCUUCCGCCUUGAGAUUGGCUCCAUCAGCCGCCGUGAAACAGCUUCCGAUCCCGCGGUCGAGCCUCGAAGUUCUUAUUCCGUUGGAUCCUUCGAGUACAUUGUGCAGGAAGAAUCCGAGGUUACUAUGAGCCACACGCACAGAAGAAGCGUUUCAGACAAGGAAGUAGGAGCUGCAGUGUAUCAGUCGACGCAAGAGCCGAACCUAGCCUUCGAAGUGGGCAGCGGAAGGAGUUGGCUUAAGGAUUACGUUGACAGGCUCUCGAAUUCUCUCUCAUCGCGUGCUUUAUCGUUUCGAAGUUCUGGAAGGUUCUUCACUGGAAGUAGUCGCCGGAGCGAGAUUGCCAGCAUCGGAGAUUACGACGUGGAAGAGAAUCGGGUGGGGGAGGAGAUUAGCGAAAUGUUUCGCUGGUUCUCAGGGUUGUAAAUGGUAAAUAUGGCAGGCAGUUAGGGGAAUAUUAAUCCUUCUGCUCAGCUUUGUCCAGUACAUUUUUUGCUAUAUUUACUCCAAACUGCAGAGCAUUAGCACGAGGAGCAGGAAAAUUCAAAGAGGAGUGGAUAAAGCAAAAUAUGGAAUGGAAACAACGGUGCCUAUACCUUGCUUUGUCUUCCAUCUUUCAUGAAGAUAGAUAAAGUUGGUGUAAUGACAAAUUUUGGGCGGAUUUUCGGGAUGCCAAGCCUUUUUAGAAAUGUAUGAAUGAGAUUUAAUUUGGCCUCCGUGGCUAAGGUUUGAGAUUAAUUCAAGAGAAAUAUACGUAUGAGUUUUUGUGA